CGGCGGAGCAAACCCGCAAAAAGCGCAAAGGAAAUGAUGGCGAUCACCUGAUCCCGAUCGACCAUGUGGUUGACUUGACCGGGCCGGAGGUUGAGCCCAAAAGAUCAGUGCCUGCCAACAAACAAACUCCGGUUCUUACUGCCACACCGAUCGAUGAUCGGAUGUUUGUUGAGUUCUCAAAUAUGGGGCCCAUAUCAGAAGGGAGGUAUUUGUUCGGGUUGAUGCCAUCUUCUAUGUGGUGUCAUACUGCGAUCAAAGUUCCCCCGAGCUUCACUAACUUGACUCACUGGUCGGACCUUUUCGAAGCAGGUCACCAGGAAGCACUCAAGGCUGGCGUGUAUUAUCACAAAGCCUUUCUUGCUGCUGAGAAGGAGAUGAAAGCCCUGGCCAGUGAUCGGGAUGACGGCCAGGUCCUUCUUUCCGCCGCUCGGAAGUUAGCGACCGACCUCCAGGAGCAGGCCAAAGAGGGUG